AUGGGUACUUCGUAUUUAACAGAUAUAGUAUGGUGGUCUGGCACUAUUGCAAUGGCUCUGGGUCAAAUAGGGAAUUUCUUGGCCUACACUGCAGUGCCCACUGUGCUAGUGACACCCCUGGGAGCUCUUGGCGUUCCAUUUGGGUCUAUUUUAGCUUCUUACUUGCUGAAAGAAAAACUCAACAUUCUUGGCAAGCUGGGAUGUUUGCUGAGCUGCGCUGGGUCUGUUGUUCUCAUCAUCCAUUCCCCAAAGUCCGAGAGUGUAACGACUCAGGCUGAGCUUGAAGAGAAGCUUACAAAUCCAGUUUUCGUGGGUUAUCUCUGCGUAGUGCUGCUAAUGCUUCUCCUGCUUAUCUUCUGGAUAGCUCCAGCUCAUGGACCUACUAAUAUCAUGGUUUACAUCAGUAUUUGCUCUCUGUUGGGCAGUUUCACUGUUCCCAGCACAAAAGGCAUUGGGCUGGCUGCUCAAGAUAUCUUUCACAAUAACCCGUCGAGUCAAAGGGCUCUGUACCUCUGUCUGGUACUUCUGGCAGUAUUAGGAUGUAGCAUUAUCAUUCAGUUCAGAUACAUCAAUAAGGCACUGGAAUGUUUCGACUCCUCUGUGUUUGGUGCCAUCUACUACGUUGUGUUUACCACCCUAGUCCUGCUGGCUUCAGCCAUCCUUUUCAGGGAAUGGAGUAAUGUAGGAGUGGUAGAUUUCUUGGGAAUGGCUUGUGGAUUCACCACAGUAUCUAUCGGAAUUGUUCUUAUACAAGUCUUCAAGGAAUUCAACUUCAAUAUCGGGGAUUUAAAUAAACCUAACAUGAAGACAGAUUAA